AUGACCUCACUCCCCGACAUCAGUACUCUCGCUCAGCUCUCUGGAGAAGAGCAAACCAAAAUCCUCGAUCUUCUCUUCGAACCAAGCCCCGCGAUUCACGCUCUACUCCUCCCCUCGUUAACCGCCGCUUCAUUCGAAUCCUACGACGAACUGAUCGCCCAUUGCCAAAAGAUUUUCGAGGCACUCGCCGCCGAUCCCUCCCACAAGACCGAACUUCAUGCGAUAAUCGGAUCACACCCUCGAUUGGGUGCGAAAAAGGUUGAGAGCGCUCAAUCUGUCGCUGAGCAAGCCAAACUACAGACCGGCGAUGGCACCGAGCUGGCUGCGCUGAACUCGGAGUACGAGAUCCGAUUCCCUGGUCUGAGAUACGUUGUCUUCGUAAAUGGGAGGGGCCGUCCUGAGAUCAUGGAGGACAUGCGCACGCGCAUCGCCCGCGGCGAUAUCGCUCUGGAAGAGCGCGCUGCGGUACAAUAG